CAUUGUGCUGUGUGUUGAAGCAGAGUUCCUGAUGAGGGCAGGUCAGCGCAGGCACAAUCAACCACUCACCAGCAAGAAGGAGGGAUUACAACUCUUGGCUACAUGACUUGCAAUUCAACAACUAGCUCAUUGAGAUAUCAGCACCACAGAAAGAAGUGAGAAGUUGCACAAUUUAACAGUGUCAAUGCAGCAGGACAAAGGUCUGUGAUCGGAGCAAGAACAAUGGAGUGCAAAUGCGAUUCUGAAGAUGCUGCUACGGGCUGGCUGAGCAGUGGCAACAUGCAGAUGGGAGCCUUCACUAUCGUGGGCUAUCUUCUCUACAGAUUCUCCCAAACACUCCCAGCUCUAAUCAGAUGGCCAAUCCGCAUUUUCUGCUCCAUUACUGGUCUGUCCACUCUCUGGAGCUGGGUCACUCGUCUUAUUGGAACUCUCCGUGUAAUCAAGAGUCUAUAUAAAUGGUUGUCCCAAUUUUGGCACUUUCUCGUCAAAAUUUCUUCCAAAUUUAGCUGGCUCUCAAAGAUCAUCAAAGUCAUUACAGGUGCAUCCGAUGAUGACCUGUCUGAUCUCCCUGGCCUCCGGAUUAUCCUCCUUAGACCUUGCGAUAGUCGACCAAGCUCUCUGGCGGACUUCCUACUGGGCCCCACACCCCCAAAAUCAGAUACCUCUCCAGAACCUCCCUUACAAAGCUCCAGAAGGACAAUCAUACUAAACGUGGGCGAGAUCUCCAUCAUAGACACCCCAGCUCUUCCAGGAUUGACACUGGACCACCAUAGCAGAGCGCGAGAAGGUCUUAGAAGCCUCCAGCUCUCCAGCCCUGGCCCUCACGCUUUUCUCAUCGAAAUCCCCAUUUUGAACACCGAGCUCCACAACGAUCUUAACCGCGUCACCCAAGCGGCCAUGGAACUUUAUGGAGACGAAGUAACGGACUACAUCCUCCCUGUCAUCACGCAUAAACACAGUCUAAGUCGACGAAAGAUAGAGAAUUUACUUCAUUCGCAACCUGGUAGCUACAAAAAGGGACCUCUUGUAUGUCGACAGAGGCCAGAGGUGGUGAAUAUCAGUACUGAACGCUCUGUGGAUGACUUGAACGCAUCACGAAUAAGUUUAUUCAAGCGCGUGGUUGAACUAAAGAAGAUGAAGGGGAGUUUUGUGCAUGAGUUACAAAGGAGAGAGGACCGUGUCAGGGAGGAGAUAUUGAUAGACAUGGCUAAGAUGCUGGCAACCAAACUGGGACAUAUGUAGUGAAGUCUGCUUUGUGAAUGAUAAAAAGGAGGAGAAAGUAUAUGACAGUAAUCAGAGGUGGGAAGAAAAAAGUAACGUUACUUCAAAAUAAUAUUACUCCAACUGAAGAACAAAGUAGUGGUCCAUGUUCCAUAACUGUCAGGAUUUAACAUCUGAUGAAUAAUUUAAUAAAUGUAAUGCAAUUGUAAGGACAAAGCAUUAAAUAAUGCACAAAAAUUGGUAUUUUCAAUAGAUAGACCACAAAAAUUAGAAACUUAUAUCUGAAGAGGCAGUGCAAGAUCAUUUCAUACUGUCAACAUAAAGUUUUUGUCAUUUGUAGACUUACUGUGGGAUGAGUGACCACAAUUUUUACUCAAGUAAAGUACUGGGACUUAAAUAAAAAUAAAAAUAUUACUCAAGAGAAAGGAGUAAAUAAGUAACUAAGUAGUAUGCUGCAAGAAAAGUACUCUGAAAAGCAGUUCCUUUAAAAAGUGACUCAAGUAAAUGUAACUGGGCACUACCCACCUCUGACAACGAUCUACUACUAAGAGAUGACUGGACUAUCUGAAUGUCAUGUACCACAAAUUUACAUGAGUCUUUGUAAUUCCAGGCUUGGAGCUAGUCAUUUGGAUUUUUAUUCAAAACAGAUAUUUAAAUGAUUUGCACAGUGCUUUACUUACAUUGAAUUAAUUGAACUUGUAAAAACAUUCUUGAAGAAGAAUGCACAUGGGUCAAAAUAAACCAUAUGUCAGGUUGGAGACAAGUGCUGUACUGUAUGACUAAUAUUGCUCAUGGUAUCUUCUAACAAAUCAGGAAGUCCCCUUGAGAUUAAGAAUCUUAUUGGUCCUGGUCCAGGUAGCAGUCAACACAAUGAAUAUGAAACAGUCAAAUCACAAAAUAUCAUAUUAUAAAAUUUUGCAUCUCUCAAGAAAAACAUACACGUGUCUCAAUUACUACACUUUUCACAAUUUUCUUACAUUUUCGCAUGAGGUGACACCUUAGAUUUAAAUUUAAGAUCUUUCUGUAAAUAAUUCCAACUCUGUAGAGCUGUCUAGGAAAAAGCAGAUUUUCCAAGCUCAGAGGGUGCAAUGUUUAGUAAAACGAAGCCUACCUGAGCUGAUAUUAAAGAGAUUACCAAAGUACUUAAAGGUGCAUUAUAUGACUUUCUAGUAGAGGGUCCACCAUGGAGAUAUUGUUUCGUCUGGAAUUUUGUGCUACAGUGUGCUACAAUCAUAACUGGAUCUGGAUUGCCAGUGCCUGCCAAGAGAUGACCUACAGGUUUUUACCAUUCUCAAUAUAUGGACAGGCCAUGCCUCAUAUAAAAGCUUAGAACCUCCAGAAUUCAGUCGCUGAGCUGCAGAGGCUGUACUGGCACUGAUUCAUGACUGGCAGCAGGUGAUGGGGUUUAGGUAGUGACCAUUCAGAUCAUGUUUAUGAAUUUUAAAAUCAAGAUCCUACACACAGUUCCUUUAAAACUGUACCAUCACAAAAAUGUGGCCAAUUGAAUUUCACAUGCCAAAACAAUAACCAAAAGAACAAACAUUGUCAAACAGCUUAUGAAGCAUGUUAAAGCUCCUGUUAAGGUAAGAUGUGUAGUAAAAAUUGUAUCUAUUAUAAGUAAACACUCUGCAUGCCUUAUGUUGUGGUUAAGCAAAGACCUGCCUAGAGCUCCCACUCAGUAAUGCCCCUCAUUUCAUAAUUUAUAUAUCAUCAAAUUUUAAAUACCAGUAGUGGGGAAAAAAUAGCUCCAUCCAGAAUGCAACUGCACUUUUUCUUUUACCAAAUACAGAAAUGAUCAAAAGUCAGUCCCCAAAGUUCAGAACCAGAUCAUAUCAGGAGACAUCAAAGUAAAAGAAUACUUUGCUGCAUGCACUGGUUUGUGACCUUUGAUUUGGUUUCAGUGUUUGUUUUUUAUGUGUAAAAAAUGUACAUGUAUAUGUAAAUAUUUACAGUUGCUCCAUUAAGGUUGUUAUGUAAUCUGUUCUAUUCAGUAAUAUAGAUAUAAGAGAACUUUGUUGGAAUAUGGAAGUACUGUGAUAUGCCAUUAAUUGAUAGUCCAAAAUUAUAUAAGUUUAUGGGCCAUAUGAACUAGUAUUAUAUGUAUGGUUUACAGAAAAUAUUAUAUUAAAAUAUAGUACUGUAUUUGUUACAGUAUAUUAAAAUAUAGUAUUAGAGGUUCUUUUAUUUAUGGAAAAGGCUAAAUAAUGCUGUGAUUAAAAUUUGUUUUACCUGCGUUCUAGAUCUUACGUUAUUUAACUAUGAUCAUUUCAAUCCAGGUAAAAUGAAAGUGGAAAAAGUGGGUUUGCAGUUGCCUCUUGGGAGGGGCUGAUUACUGACGCAGGCGUGACAGUAGGAGCUAGUCAGCAGUGCGCAUGCGCGCGUUUGCACUGAAAGAGGCAGGCAGAGGGAGAGAGCAACACCAGGAAAAAAGUGCUAAAGACAAAGGACUGGACAGCGCGUAUGGAAAGAGUUCCCAACAUGUUUAGAUCCCUCAAUGAUUCAUGACAACCUUUAAGAGGGAGUGCGCCAGCCGAAGUACAACACUAUGGUGGGAAUGAUCUCAAGUCAGUAAAUUGGUGACAAGAUAAAACUAAAGUGAGGACCUCUCAGACAUUAAGACUCUGUGACCGUGGUGCUGAAAGAAGAUCUUUUGAAACAUUCGGAGGAUAUCACUGCUUCAGCUCUUCUUACUGUGUGUAUUUGUGAGAGAACAAGUGCAGUUUGCAUUGAGGAACUGAAGGUUUAAAUUACUUACAAAUCUCUACCUCCCCCUCCACCACUCUACAAGACCCUCUCCACCAAGAGGCUGAGGGUUGCCAUGGCAGUGAUCGCCAUGACGCCCAUGUAGCGUCCUGAAGGUAGAGGUAGCAGUGGGGCUGGAGGAG